AUGGAACAGCACGAUACUCGCAUCAAACGCAAAGAGCAUCCGGUUCCAGGAACCGAACGACCUGCCAAGCAUCCAAGAGGUGAAGAGGGUUAUGGGGAGCAAAACGGGAUUCAGAACGGUGUCUACCAUGGACAAGACAACGACGGGGAUAUCCAGUCGCUCCCGCUAGCUGUAGCAGCGGCUGAGACUGCGGAGUGGCAGGCAACUAUUGAGAAGGUGGUGAGGAAUGUGGUUUCAAUCCACUUCUGUCAGACCCAUUCAUUCGAUACGGACCCCGCCAUCUCGAGUGAGGCCACUGGAUUUGUUGUGGAUGCAGAGAGAGGUUAUAUCCUCACAAAUCGGCAUGUGGUGUGCGCUGGUCCAUUCUGGGGUUAUUGCAUUUUUGAUAACCAUGAGGAGUGUGAUGUUUAUCCCGUUUAUCGCGAUCCCGUUCAUGAUUUCGGCAUCCUAAGGUUUGAUCCUAAAACGAUCAAAUACAUGCCUCUAUCGACUCUGGAAUUGCGCCCCGACCAAGCUCAUGUUGGAUGUGAAAUUCGCGUGGUGGGCAAUGAUGCUGGUGAGAAACUCAGUAUAUUGUCUGGCGUGAUCAGUCGGCUAGACCGAAAUGCGCCAGAAUACGGCGACGGAUACAGCGAUUUCAACACAAACUAUAUCCAGGCUGCUGCCGCAGCAAGUGGGGGUAGUUCCGGAAGUCCUGUGGUCAACAUUGAUGGAAAUGCGAUUGCAUUACAAGCUGGCGGCCGAGCAGAUGGUGCUGCUACCGACUACUUCUUGCCCUUGGAUAGACCGCUGCGCGCCCUACGUUGCAUUCAACAAGGAAAGCCAGUCGCUCGCGGGACCAUCCAAACUCAAUGGAUGAUCAAACCCUUCGAUGAAUGCCGCAGGCUUGGCCUGUCCUCGGCAUGGGAGGCUGCGGUCCGCAAAGGCUUCCCCAAGGAGACAGGGAUGCUCGUAGCUGAGAUUAUUCUUCCUGAAGGCCCAGCGGAUACGAAACUUGAAGAAGGAGAUGUUCUGAUCAAGGUCAAUGGCGAGCUGUUAACUCAGUUUGUCCGAUUAGACGAUAUUUUGGACACGCAUGUGGGCCAGAAGAUCGCCCUCUUGGUACAACGAGGUGGCAAGGAUGUGCAAGUAGAGGUUGACGUGGGCGAUCUGCACGCUAUCACUCCAGAUCGAUUUGUCACUGUUGCGGGUGGCUCCUUCCAUGAUCUGUCCUAUCAACAAGCCCGGCUGUACGCAAUUCCCGUCAAAGGAGUAUACGUCUGCGAGGCUGCAGGAUCGUUCAGAUUUGAGAGCACCGAUUCAGGCUGGCUUAUCGACUCGAUAGAUCAGAAGAAGACGCCAGACCUUAAGACAUUUAUUGAGGUCAUGAAAGGAAUACCCGACCGUGCGCGCGUUGUGGUGACCUACAAGCACCUCCGGGAUCUUCACACGUUGAACACGAGCAUUAUCUACGUUGACCGCCACUGGACGAGCAAAAUGAGAAUGGCGGUACGAAAUGACGAAACUGGUAAAUGGGACUUCACUGAGCUCGCUGAUCCAAUCCCGGCUUCACCACCUGUUCCUCGCAAAGCCAACUUUAUUCGGUUGCCCAGCGUCAGAGAUCCGGAGGCCGCCGAUAUUAUAAGGAGCUUUGUCCGCAUCAGCUGCUCUAUGCCUGUAAAGCUCGACGGCUUUCCUCGAGCUCGGAAGGUCGGGUUUGGCUUGGUCAUAAAUGCCGAGAAAGGCUUGGUGAUAGUGUCGCGAGCAAUUGUUCCGUAUGACCUCUGUGACAUUUCCAUCACCAUUGCCGACUCGAUUAUAGUUGAUGCUAAAGUCUUGUUCCUGCAUCCUCUGCAAAACUACGCUAUUGUUCAGUACGAUCCUUCAUUGGUUCAAGCACCUGUCAAGAGUGCAAAACUGAGUUCCGAGUGGAUCAAGCAAGGCGCAUCUACCAUCUUCUUAGGUUUCAACCAAAACUUACGAGUUGUUGUGGCACGAACGACGGUAACAGAUAUCACCACUGUUGCGAUUCCAGCAAACGCCGCUGCGCCGCGUUACCGUGCUAUCAACCUCGAUGCCAUCACCGUUGACACUGGCCUCAGCAGUCAGUGUGGUAGUGGUGUCUUGGUCGCUGAAGAUGGUACUGUGCAGGCGCUUUGGAUGAGUUACCUCGGAGAGCGAUCAGCCCAUACCAAUAAGGAUAUUGAGUAUCACUUAGGUUUGGCCACACCCUCUCUGUUUCCCGUCACCAAUCCGAUCCAGAGUGGUAUUGUGCCUAAGCUAAGGAUGCUCAAUAUCGAAACCAACACGGUUCAAAUGAGCCAGGCCCGGAUCAUGGGUGUCUCUGAAGAAUGGAUGCAGAAAGUUGAGCAGGAAAACCCUGAACGUCACCAGCUCUUCAUGGUGCGCAAGGUGGAAUGUGGUCACGCCUUUCCCCAGGUGCUGCAAGAAGGCGAUGUCAUCUUGACUCUCAAUGGCAAGCUCAUUACCAGAGUCUCUGAGCUCGAUGUUAUGUAUGACAAUGAAAUUCUGGAUGCUGUCAUUGUUCGGAAUUGUGUGGAGAUGAACCUCAAAGUUCCGACUGUAUCCACUGACGAUCUCGAAACCGAUCGUGCUGUCAUAUUCUGUGGCGCUGUGCUGCAUCGGCCUCAUCACGCUGUAAGGCAGCAGAUUAGUAAGAUGCACUCAGAGGUAUAUGUCUCAGCCAGGACCCGAGGAUCUCCGUCGUAUCAAUAUGGUUUAGCUCCUACGAACUUCAUAACCGGUGUGAACGGCGUGGAGACCAAAGACCUCUCGAGCUUCGUUUCUGAAGUAAACAAGAUUCCUGAUAAUACAUACUUCCGCCUGAAAGCUGUCACCUUCGACAAUGUCCGUUGGGUGGCUACCAUGAAGAAGAACGAGCAUUACUUUCCUACCAUGGAGUUUAUAAAAGACCCGAACGAAUCUUGCGGUUGGAGGAGGAUCAGCUAUGAGGGUGGUUCGCCCCACAGAGGUGCAGGUACUCUUACCGCGGAAAUAAUGGAUGAGGGCAUCGAUCAGGAGGACGCCGUUGACGGUGAUGACAUUGAGUAA